AUGGCGAAAAUCCGCCUCCUCAAAGAAUAUUACAUCGUUGGGACUUUGGAGAAAAUUGAAGAAAGUUUGCGACUUCUGGAGCACACGCUGCCGCAGUUUUUUAGCGGCGUUUUGGGUGUCUUUAGAGAACAAGACGUGCAAGAAGUCAUCAACUCGACUCGAACGCUAGAAAAGCCGCAGCUGUCGCAACACUUGCGCCAGGAAUUGGCGAUGGAUUCGCUGCGCUACGAAAUGGAGCUGUUCGCGUUCAUCCAGUCUGUCUUGUAUAAAAAGUACACGUCGUUUGGCUUCCACCCCGAAGACUGGGAUCCCAAGUUCCUGUUCUAG